CAUACCCUGUCCGUUAAAAAAAAAAAAUCAACUAAAACCCUAAACCCCCAGCAACUCAUUUGCCCAGCUAUAUUCUUUUGCAUCUUCACGAAUUCAAAACCAAACAAAGCUCAAUCUUUUAACUGUAAGCUGAAAUACCCAGCGAUCAAAAUCAAUCAAUUUUACAAUGAGGAUGUCAAAAUCAAAGUCCAAAGAGAGAAAAAAGCAAGUCAGAAACGUAGAACAAGAAGAAAUCAAAUUACUCAACGAAUGGAUCGAAUCUCAGAAACCCGAUUCGGGUUCCAACCCGCUAGCUUUACCCGCACUGCCGGAGAAGUCACCAAUUGGCCGCCUCCAGGACGGGAGCUUUUCGCGGUAUGCAGGCUCCACAAAGUUUAGGGAACUGCCAAUAUCUAAGAAAACAAUGGAUGGAUUGAAGAAAUCGAAGUUUGUUAGCAUGACUGAGAUUCAAAGAGCUUCUUUGCCUCAUUCACUUUGUGGGAGAGAUAUUCUUGGUGCUGCUAAAACUGGGUCUGGCAAGACUCUUGCAUUUGUUAUUCCUAUUCUGGAAAAGUUACAUAGAGAAAGAUGGGGGCUUCAAGAUGGGGUGGGCAGCAUUAUAAUAUCCCCAACUAGGGAAUUAGCAGGCCAGCUUUUUGAUGUGUUGAAAGAAGUUGGGAAGUUCCAUAACUUUAGUGCUGGACUUCUCAUUGGUGGACGUAAAGAUGUCGACUCUGAAAAGGAGAGUGUUAAUCAGCUGAAUAUUUUGGUCUGCACUCCUGGCAGGUUGCUUCAGCACAUGGACGAGACUCCGAAUUUUGAUUGUUCUCAACUUCAGGUUUUAGUCCUGGACGAGGCAGAUCGUAUUCUUGAUGUUGGCUUUAAGAAGAGCUUGAAUGCAAUCAUUUCACAGCUACCUAAGCACAGACAAACCUUGCUUUUUUCAGCAACUCAAACAAAAUCUGUUCAGGAUCUCGCGAGACUUAGUUUAAAGGACCCUGAGUAUGUCAGUGUGCAUGAGAAGUCUGAAACAGCAACCCCCAAUCGCUUGCAGCAAACUGCAAUGACAGUUCCUCUUGAGCAAAAGCUGGACGUGUUGUGGAGUUUUAUAAAAUCACAUCUCAAUUCAAAUAUACUUGUGUUUCUUUCAAGCUGCAAACAGGUGAGAUUUGUCUAUGAAGCAUUUAAGAAAUUGCACCCUGGAAUUCCAUUGAAAUGUCUUCAUGGGAGGAUGAAGCAGGGGAAAAGAAUGAUAAUUUAUUCCCAGUUUUGUGAGCAGCGUUCAGUUCUCUUCUCAACUGAUGUGGCUGCAAGAGGUCUUGAUUUUAAUAAGGCUGUUGACUGGGUUGUCCAGGUGGAUUGUCCUGAAGAUGUUGCAUCCUACAUACACAGAGUUGGUCGCACAGCUCGUUAUCAAUCUGGAGGGAGAUCAGUUUUGUUUCUACUGCCUUCUGAAGCAAAAAUGCUUGAGAAGUUGCAAGAAGCAAAAGUGCCAAUACAGUUUAUUAAGGCAAAUACAAAAAGGUUGCUAUCCGUUUCUGGAUUGUUGUCAGCUUUAUUGGUCAAAGAUGAAGAUUUGCAGAAGCUGGCUAUAAGAGCCUUUAUAACAUACUUGCGGUCAAUACAUAUCCAGAAAGAUAAAGAGGUUUUUGAUGUCUUGAAGCUGCCUAUAGAUGUAUAUUCUGCUUCAUUGGGUCUCCCAAUGACCCCUAAAAUCCGUUUUCUGAACCAAAAAUUAAAGGGAAAGAAGAUGUCAGGAAAGACUCCUCUUAUUGAAUUGGAUAAUUCAGACAAAGUGAAUACUGAGCCAGCAGCUGGCAGAUUCAAGGAAGAAAAUUUGGAAGAAGAAAAUGAAAAGCUAGAUAUCGGCGAUUCGGUAGAAGAAAAUGCCGGGAAAGGUUUUCUUCUAUCAAAAGAUACUGAGCCUGAGGGUGAAGCCAGUUUAAGUGAUCUCGUGCCUUCGACACGGGUUUUAAAGAAAAAGAAGUUGAAGAUCAAUAUUCAUAGACCUGUGGGAACAAGGGUUGUCUUUGAUGAGGAAGGCAUUUCACUUCCUCCACUUGCAAGAGUGGCUGGUGCAAAGAAUGUUGAUAGUUUCUCUCUCCUUAAUCAAGGCCAAAAAGAAGAAUUUUAUAGGAAGGCAAGGGAAGAGUUGAUGUUAGCUGACAAGGAUGAUAAGCUUCUGGAUCGCCAACGUCGCAGGGAGAAACGAACCAAAGAGAAGAUGAAGAGGAAGAAACAUGCACAAGAAGAAGAUGCAAAUGAUGAUGAAGAUGUUUCCGGAUCGGAUGAAGAUAAGAUGAGUGACAGAAAACAUAAAAGGUCUAAGAUCUAUUUUGACAGUGACAGUGAUGGCGGCGAGACGAGAGAGAAAACAGAGAAUGUAGUGAAUACUAAUUCCAUCUCACUAGCAGAACAAGAAGUUCUGGCUCUCAAGUUGUUAGGUUCCAUGCAUUCUCAGGAUCCAUAGAUUCAUAUUCCUUGUAGUUCUUAUAUUUUGCUCUCAACAUUUUUUAAGUUUUUUUGGGCAUAUGCUAUUACUGGUGAGAAUAUAUAUAUUUUUUAAAACU